AUGAAGGAGCUACUGAGGUCGUUCACUAGGCUUGGAGGUGUUAGGGGUUAUAGCGCGGGGAGGAAGGACCUUCGGAUUAAGGGGGUUAAGCAUACCAUAGCCGUUGCUUCUGGUAAAGGGGGUGUGGGCAAGUCCACCACUGCAGUUAAUCUGGCUGUUGCACUUGCUAACAAGUGUCAAAUGAAGGUUGGCUUGCUUGAUGCUGAUGUAUAUGGACCAAAUGUUCCAAUCAUGAUGAAGCUCGACAAAAUGCCAGAAGUGAAUGAAGAUAAAAAAAUGGUUCCAAUUGAGAGCUAUGGAGUCAAGUGUAUGUCGAUGGGACUUCUUGUGGCCAAGGAUGCCUCACUUGUUUGGAGAGGUCCUAUGGUAUCAAGUGCUCUUGAACAAAUGACAAGGGGGGUUGACUGGGGAAAUCUUGAUGUUCUUGUAGUAGAUAUGCCCCCUGGGACUGGUGAUGCUCAUAUUACUGUAUCCCAAAGGCUGCAGUUAUCAGGUGCAUUAAUUGUUUCAACUCCUCAAGACGUUGCAUUAAUGGAUGCUCGGAGAGGAAUUAACAUGUUCUCUAAAGUCGAAGUUCCUAUUUUGGGAAUUGUAGAGAACAUGAGCUGUUUUAAAUGUCCAAACUGUGCUGAACGCUGGUUCAUUUUUGGGGAAAGAGGGUCUCGUAAGACGGCAGCUGAGAUGGGUGUGGAUUUUGCUGGUGAGAUACCAUUAGAAGUGGGGAUAAGACAAGGCUCCGACGACGGUGUCCCAAUAGUAAUAUCGGCACCUGAUUCUGAUGUCUCCAAAGCAUAUGUUGAUAUGGCUCAGAAAGUUGUUGACAGACUUGAGGAAUUGUCAAAGGAAGAACAAUCUCGUCCACAGUUUAACCUUUGA